AUGCCGCAUAAUUCCACCGCCGAUCUUCCGGUAUCUUCCUCCGCCGCUAAUCGCUCUGACCAGCCGUUUGAUGUAAUCAGAGAGGUACUUGAUGAUGGCAGUCAAAUCACCAAUGAGGAAGCUGAAUCCCUUAAUAAAAAGAAUAUAUGUUCUGAGCAAAGGCUUAAAGAAGAACCUGGGAGCGAGUCUGGUGACAUAUUCUCAGAAAAUGGUGAAGAUUAUCCAAAUCACAAGACGAUAAACCAUUACCAUCAAGAUAAGCGGAGGAUGAGUUUGACAUCGCUUGUGGCAGUGGACCCUCCCUCGUCUCAGGAUGCUCCCACUAGGAGAACCAUUAAUCUCGGCCAUGGAAGUGACCUCAUCUACAUUCAGAGGUUUCUUCCUUUUCAACAAUCUUGGAGUUUCUUCCAUUAUCUUGACAAACAUAUACCUUGGACAAGGCCAACCAUUCGCGUUUUCGGUCGAUCUUGCCUCCAGCCGAGAGACACUUGUUAUGUUGCAAGUAGCGGAUUGACUCCGCUGGUGUACAGUGGAUAUCGACCUGAUGCCUAUUCAUGGGAUGAUUUUCCACCUCUCAAGGAGAUUCUAGAUGCUAUAUACAAAGCCCUUCCUGGAAGCAGAUUCAACAGCUUGCUGUUAAAUAGGUACAAAGGAGCCAAUGACUAUGUUGGUUGGCAUGCAGAUGAUGAAAAGCUUUACGGUCCAACUCCUGAAAUUGCUUCCGUCUCAUUUGGAUGCGAACGUGACUUUGUGUUGAAGAAGAAAGAAUCUAACCAUGAGAAAACAGGAGAUUGUGGACCAGCGAAGAAGAAGUUAAAGAAAAGCAGUAAAGAGGAUCAACACAGCUUCACAUUGAAGCAUGGAUCGUUGCUAGUGAUGAGAGGUUACACUCAAAGGGACUGGAUUCAUUCUGUGCCAAAGCGUGUAAAAGCAGAAGGCACUCGUAUCAACCUUACCUUCAGGCUUGUUUUAGACAUAACCAAGAGGUUUCCUAAUUUUGUGGCUGAUCAGAAAUGUGAUUCUUGGAAUUUUGAAGUGAAGAAAGACCAAAAGCUUGAAGCUUUAGACGUUUCGGAGUUUUUAUCCAAUCUUCUCCAAGUGUGA